CGCACCCUCUCCUGUCCCUCUGCCCGCCUGGCCAGCGCCCGGCUGCCGGCCCGUGGAUGAGCCACAGGACCUCCUCCACCUUCAGAGCGGAGAGAAGCUUCCACUCCUCCUCCUCCUCGUCCUCGUCCUCGUCCUCAUCCUCGUCCUCCUCAGCCGCCCGUGCCCUCCCGGCCCAGGACCCGCCCAUGGAGAAAGCCCUGAGCAUGUUUUCCGAGGAUUUUGGCAGCUUCAUGCGGCCCCGCUCAGAGCCCCUGGCCUUCCCAGCCCGGCCCGGGGGACAGGGCAACAUCAAGACCCUCAGGGACGCCUAUGAGUUUGCGGUGGACGUGAGUGACUUCUCACCUGAAGACAUCAUCGUCACCACCUCCAACAACCAAAUCGAGGUGCGGGCUGAGAAGCUGGCAGCUGAUGGCACAGUCAUGAACACCUUCGCUCACAAGUGCCAGUUGCCUGAGGACGUGGACCCCACUUCAGUGACCUCGGCGCUGAGGGAGGACGGCAGCCUCACCAUCCGGGCCCGGCGCCACCCGCACACGGAGCACGUCCAGCAGACCUUCCGGACGGAGAUCAAAAUCUGAGGGUCUCCCCCUCCCCGUCCCCUCCCGUAUCCCCUCUUCUGCCCCCACUGGCCUGCCAGAGACGUUCCUCACCCCUCAUGACAGCUUGCAGGACAUCUCAGCUCAAGUUCCAGGCCCUGAGGUGGGUCACCCCCUACGCCCCCGCCCCGCUAAACUGAGGCCUUCUGCUCUCCAGGGCAGGCCAGGGAAACUUUUGCCUCACUGAUGGCCCCCAGAUUCCAGAUGUGGCCUCUUUCACUGAAUCCGGAAUAAAGGGAUUUAGAUGGAAAA